AUGCAAAAAGUGUGUGAGCAUAGUUUCUCGCUUAGCACAAUUAGCCCUGUUGGCAAACUAGAGCAGCUCGAGUAUGCCGUGGCAGCUGGUGCGCCCUCUGUAGGAAUCAAAGUAUCCAAUGGUGUAGUGUUGGCAACAGAGAAGAAACAAAAAUCCAUACUUUAUGAUGAGUAGAGUGUUCACAAAGUUGAACAUAUAACUAAACACAUUGGCAUGGUAUACAUUGGUAUGGGUCCAGACUACAGGGUUUUGGUCAGAAGGGCAUGAAAAAUGGCUCAAUAGUACUUCCUGGUUUACCAAGAGCUCAUUCCCACAGGCCAGCUGGUACAAAGGGUGGCAUCUGUAAUGCAAGAGUACACACAGUCAGGAGGUGUACAUCCUUUUGGAGUGUCACUACUCAUUGCUGGUUGGCGUGAAGAUCGACCAUACCUCUUCCAGUCUGAUCCUUCAGGUGCAUAUUUUGCCUGGAAAGCCACAGCAAUGGGAAAGAACUAUGUGAAUGGAAUAACAUUCUUAGAGAAAAGGUAAUCAUAAAAAGUAACCAAAAUGCUGUAGUUAGUUUUGCUCUUUUUAAAACAAUCAAUUGAGGGUCAGAUGACUGAAGAUAACAUUGAAGUUGGCAUCUGUAAUGAGGGUGGGUUUCAUAGACUUUCACCUUCUAAUAUAAAGGAUUACCUGGCAGCAAAUUCAUAA